CUUAUCAAAACAUCCCGUGAACGUCAUCCACGCAAUCAAAAUUUCAACUCGCCGAACUCCCCAAACCAUGAUUGACAAGUUCAAGCUCGGUUCCGGCCUGAUACGAAUCAUCCGCGGAGCGGGCGCUGUUCAACCGCCUCCCGCCAAGCCCAAAUUCAAGUACAUUGCACCGUCGCGAAAUCCGUCCGCCGCCCAACGGCUGGCGGAACAACCCUCGGCCGUAGCCAAGGAUUACUACAGCGUGCUAGGAGUCACGCGAUCCGCGAGUUUUCGGGAGAUUAAGCAAGCCUACUACUCGCUGGCCAAGGAGUUCCAUCCGGACUUGAGACGGUCUUCGUGGGAGGACGGAGAUGGCGAAGCAGACAGUCAUGGGACGGUGGACGAGGCCAAAUUCAAAGAGAUUACCGAGGCUUACGAGGCGUUGAUGGCCGAGCAGAAGAAGGGGGACAGCGUGGUGGCGCUGAAUCCAGAACUGUACCGGAAUGUUUCCCAGGAGCGAAGGAAGUCGAUCGCAACAAGUUGGAACGCGAUCAACGAGCUGAACUACGAGGACGUGGUGUUGAGCAUUUCGUUCAAGGAAGCGGCCGAAGGAGGUCGUCGCGAGAUCAAACUUCCCCUGGGGGCCAAGUGCGACAAGUGUUCCGCCUGGGGCAGUUUCCCACCGCUAGAUUCCGACGGUUAUUGCAAAGUCUGCCACGGAACCGGUCGUCAAACGUUGCAAACCGAAAGCGGAACCCUCUCGAUGACCUGCAAGUUCUGCAAAGGCGCCCGCGUGGCCCCUCAAAAGCAAAUCUGUCCCAAGUGCCAAGGCAAAGGAAUCACGCUCAAACCACACCCGCUGAUGAUCAACAUCCCGAAGAACGCCAAACAAAACGAAGUCAUCAAAGUCCGCAUCCCGAACCACCAUCGAUCCAUCAACAUCAUCCUCAACAUCCAGGACGUGCACCACUUCGCCCGGUCAGGCCUCAACGUCCACACCACAGAAGAAAUCUCCAUCACCCAGGCCAUCCUCGGCGCAAACAUCCCCAUCAAAGGCAUCAACGGCACCUUCAACGUGCACGUUCCCCCCGGAACCCAACCGGACGCCGAAAUCCGCGUCCCCGGCAAGGGCAUCUGGGACAUCUCCACCCAGGAACGGGGUCAGCACAUUCUCAAACUGCGCGUCCGAAUCCCGUCCAAGCUGUCAACGCGCCAGCGACACCUGCUCAAGGAACUGGACGCCACACUCCGCAAGCAGGACCACUUACCGUCUUCACGUUGAUGCCCCACUGGCAGUCGGUCCAGCGUUCCUUCCAGGCCCGCAUCAGCAUCUGCUUCAGCAGGGUGCUUUUCGGAUUGUCCAUGAUCAUGGUAACGAAAUCUGAGGAAUAAACGAUGGUAAUUGUGAGAAA